AUGUGGUUCGAAGAACGUAGUUGGUCAAAUCUUCGAAUGUCAGAGUUGGUAGAGGAAUGGAGAGAUCUUUGGUCUUUCAAGGUGGAUUUUCUGGUUGUGGCAAUAUCGUAUGUGUUUGCGACAACUAAUUUUUUGAAUUUUCCGAAACUUACGCUAGAAAACGGAGGACUUGCAUUUGUUGCCGCUUACGGUGUUGCUCUUCUUGUGCUCGUUUUACCGACAAUCGUUCUUGAACUAGCUGUUGGUCAACUAACUGGGCGAGCUCCUGUACAAGGUUUCUACAAUCUGUCACCGGUAUUCAAAGGGAUUGGAAUAUCUCAAAUUCUCUUCACAUUACUAGUGUUGGCGACGAUGACACGAUUUAUUGGAUGGUUGAUGUUGUUCUUAUAUUAUCUCUUCUGGACUGUUCAAGCAGAUCGACCUGGUUUACCGUGGCUGAACUGCAAAUACUUUCCCGAGUUUUUGUCAGCACCCUGCCGAGAUGCUGGAUCGAUGGCAAAUUUUACGCUUGCCGCUCAUACUAAGCUAAGUACCGUACGAUCGGAAAGCUCCUUUAUGCAGUUCAUGAGUGCACUGGAAAAGCCAUCGGCUUCUAUCAGCGACUUUGGAGACUUUCAAUAUAAUCUGCUUAUUGUACAAGGUCUAGUGUGGAUCAUUGUAUUCAGUAGUAUUUGUUUCGGUGUGAGAUGGCUUGGAAAGGUGGUUCCACUGUUGUUCAUGGCAGCGUUCAGUAUGCUUUUGGCGCUUCUGAUUCGUGGUUGUACUAUGGAUGGGUUAAUGGCGAUAUUUAAUGUCUAUCUCAAUGCAACAGACUGGAACAAGCUCGCUGACUAUAAAUUGUGGAAAGUUGCAUGCGAACAAGCUAUUCUUGCCAGUGGAAUCGGUUAUGGUGCAUUCAUUACAAUGGGCUCGUACAAUCGGCGAUCCAACAAUCUUGUCGCAGAUUCGAUAUCUGUUGUUACUAGCCAUAUUGUACUGACGUUGAUGCAAUUCGUUACCGUAGUUGGUUCUCUAUUUAUUAAUGGAAAGGUAAUUCCAGGUGAAGCACAAAUGUGGCACAUUUUAACUUACUUCUCUUAUCUUCCGAAUAUGAAACUAUGGAGUGGAUUGCUACUUUUCGCAUCGAUAUGUAUUCUAAUCAAUAUAUUUUGUCUUCUUUCACUGUCGGUGCUAUCUGCUCUGGAAGAUGCUCUCGGUGACCGUUGGUCACGUUGCUUUUUUCGUUUUGUGUUGGCGUUCUUCGUCUGUAGUGUAACUUUUGCCAUUUCAUUAUACUUCGCCACCCAGGCAGGUCGUCAUGCAUAUGAACUAGUCACUGGGUUUCUCAAAUACGUCACUAUUUUUGUUAUUCUCACUUUUGAACUUUUCGCUACUGCCUGGUUCUAUUGUGCACAUCGCCUGGGUAUGGAUCUUCACGUAAUGUUAAGAAACGCAUGGUGCUGGUGUUUUGGGCACUUUAUUCUCCUCUUCACUUACCUUCUUCCAGUAAUUCCAGCGGGAAUUGCAAUUCUGAAUCUUCGUUCUUAUAACUUCUCAACGUUUUCACCAGCUAUACAUUCAUGGCCAUGGUCAGAAUGGGUAGGAAUUGCAAUCGCGCUUGGACCCUUGAUUCCUAUACCUUUGUGCAUACUUUUGACACUGUUAGGAGCAUGUUGUUGCGGUGGCAAAGAAGGAAUGUCAAAAGGACAGGUAAUGUUAAAUUUUUAUUAUCGAGAAAAGUCAUCUACUAAGCCGCCACCGCGAUACACUGGAACCGCUCCAGGAUAUCUUCUUUUGCCUCAAGCUCCACUUGCGGAGCCGGAGACAUAUGCGUAG